GUCCCGGUCCGAGCGCGGGCGCAGCGGCGGCCCCGAGGCGGGAGGAUGCGGGCGGCGCCCGGGACGCAGCCGGACCGGCCUUUCAAGCUCCGGAAGAGUCUCGCCACCCGGCGGGAAGAGGUAGCAGGGAUCCGAGCCAAGUUCCCGACCAAAAUCCCGGUAAUUGUUGAGAGAUACCAGAAAGAGAAAUACCUUCCUCUCUUGGACAAAACCAAGUUUCUGGUUCCCGAGGAGCUGACCAUGGCACAGUUCAUAACCAUCAUCAGAAGCAGGAUGGCUCUAACAGCUACACAAGCUUUCUACCUGCUGGUGAACAACAAAAGCCUAGCCAGUAUGUCCUUGACAAUGGCAGAAGUGUACAGGGACUACAAAGAUGAAGAUGGCUUUGUGUACAUGACCUAUGCUUCCCAGGAGAUGUUUGGAUGCUUAUUACCCACUGCCCAAGGGAAAACUAUGGAACGCUUUCAGAAAACUUAAGAUUGGGUUCAUAUGCUGCAGCAAAGCAGUUUGCUCUGAAUCAUGCCUGACGUGAACCUCGGAGAUGCUCCUUCCAGUAUGAGCUCUUGAGCUCUGUAGUGGGAGUUAUGACCCAAAAGCUGGCAGGACCAGCUUAAGAGAGAAAUGGUGGUACACUUUCCCUAGGUAAUAACUUGGAUAUAUAUUUUUAUAUUUGAAGACACUAUGGGUUAGGUUUUUUUUCCUUUUGAACUGCACCUCCACUGUUUUGCAAUAUCAGUCUUUGCUGUGUAACUGUUUUUUAAAGUUUCCUGAAAGCCUAAGUCUAAGAG